AUGCUGACCAGCAAGGGCCAGGGACUCCUUCCCUUUGGUUUGUGUCUCUGGUUGUGUAUAUUCAUGCCUUGCUUGAAAGGCUCUGCAGGCUGUGCAUCUGAAGAGAGACUCUUUCACAAACUGUUUUCUCAUUAUAACCAGUUCAUCAGGCCUGUAGAAAAUGUUUCUGAUCCCGUCACAGUGCAUUUUGAAGUGGCCAUCACACAGCUGGCCAAUGUGGAUGAAGUAAACCAGAUCAUGGAAACCAAUCUGUGGCUACGUCACAUCUGGAAUGAUUAUAAAUUGCGCUGGGACCCAGUGGAAUAUGAUGGCAUUGAGACUCUACGUGUUCCUGUGGAUAAGAUCUGGAAGCCUGACAUUGUUCUCUACAACAAUGCUGUUGGUGAUUUUCAAGUCGAAGGCAAGACAAAAGCUCUUCUUAAAUAUGAUGGCAUGAUAACCUGGACUCCUCCAGCUAUUUUCAAGAGUUCCUGUCCUAUGGAUAUCACUUUUUUCCCUUUUGAUCAUCAGAAUUGUUCCCUGAAAUUUGGUUCCUGGACAUAUGACAAAGCUGAAAUUGAUCUUCUAAUCAUUGGAUCUAAAGUGGAUAUGAAUGAUUUUUGGGAAAACAGCGAAUGGGAAAUUGUUGAUGCUUCUGGCUACAAGCAUGACAUAAAAUACAACUGUUGUGAGGAGAUAUACACAGAUAUAACCUAUUCUUUUUACAUUAGAAGAUUGCCGAUGUUUUAUACCAUUAAUCUGAUCAUCCCCUGUCUCUUUAUUUCAUUUCUAACCGUGCUGGUCUUUUAUCUUCCUUCUGAUUGUGGUGAAAAGGUGACACUUUGUAUUUCAGUUCUGCUUUCUCUGACUGUGUUUUUGCUGGUAAUCACGGAAACCAUCCCGUCCACGUCUCUUGUGAUCCCACUGGUGGGUGAGUACCUACUGUUCACCAUGAUCUUUGUCACCCUGUCCAUUGUGGUGACUGUGUUCGUGUUGAACAUACAUUAUCGCACCCCAACAACACACACCAUGCCCAAGUGGGUGAAGACGGUUUUCCUCCAGCUGUUACCCCCGAUCCUGAUGAUGAGGAGGCCUCUGGACAAGAUGAGGGAGACAAGUUCUGAUAAAAACUCCAAAGGCAUUUCCAGUAGGUCCACCAAAGUCAACUUUGAUCAUUGCAGAGAGACCAAAGUUCCUAAAGCAUGCUGCCGCUGUCCUAAAUCAAGUGAGCUUGCCGCCAGCAAGAGAUCAAGUCAUCAGCCUUUACAAUGGAUGACUGCGAAUUCAGAGCACUCGCCUGAUGUCGAAGAUGUAAUUAAUAGUGUUCAAUUCAUAGCAGAAAACAUGAAGAGCCAAAAUGAAACAAAGGAGGUAGAAGACGACUGGAAAUACGUGGCCAUGGUGGUGGACAGGGUAUUUCUUUGGGUGUUUAUAAUUGUCUGUGUGUUUGGAACUGCGGGGCUAUUUCUACAGCCGCUGCUAGGGAACACAGGAAAGUCUUAA